AUGGUUUAUGCACUUCAUGAUUUUGAUUAUCUAUUUGGACUUACCAUAGUUUUUGCAUUCUUGGAUGCAUGGAACAUUGGUGCAAAUGAUGUUGCAAACUCUUUUGCUUCUUCUGUUUCCUCCAGAUCGUUAACAUAUCCCCAGGCAAUGAUUCUAGCAGCAAUAGCAGAGUUUUUGGGUGCAGUUUUAGCUGGUUCAAGAGUUGCCGAUACCAUCAGAACCAAAAUUUUAGACGUUUCUUAUUAUGAUAAAACACCUGCUGUGUUGCUUUUGACAAUGACUUGUGCAUUAAUUGGUUCAUCUACCUGGUUAACAAUUGCAACCAAAAUUGGUAUGCCAGUCUCAACCACUCAUUCUAUUGUUGGUGGUAUCAUCGGUGCCGGUAUUGCUGCUGGUUCUGAUAUCCAUUGGGGAUGGGAAGGUUUUUCACAAAUUGUCGCUUCUUGGUUUAUUGCACCAUUAAUUGCAGGUGGUUUUGCUGCAAUCAUUUUCUUGAUUUCUAAAUAUGCUGUUCUUGAAAGAAAACAUGCAUUGAGAAAUGCUUUGUUUUAUGUUCCAUGUUUAGUUUAUUUUACUUUUUCAAUUUUGACCAUGUUGAUUGUUUGGAAAGGUGCUCCACAAUUAAAACUAGAUAAAUUAUCCACAGGAACGAUUAUUGCUGCCAUCUUUGGUGUUGGUGCUGUUGCUGCUGCUAUUUACAUGAUAAUUCUUUUUCCAUUUUUCAAAAGAAAAUUAGUUUAUGAGGAUUGGAGAUUAAGAAAAUGGGAAAUAAUCAAAGGGCCAUAUUAUUAUUUCAAGUCAACUGAUGAUAUCCCACCAAUGCCUGCUGGUCAUCAUUUGACCAUUGAUUACUACAAGGGUAGACGUUAUGAUGAUGGUGCAGUUCCUGAAAAUAAUAAUGAUCCCGAAGUAGUUGCUCAUAAUUCAUCCACUGAAUUUAAACAAUCCUCAUUAUAUAAUAAAGAAGAAAAUGCUUUGAAUAAGAAUUUUGAUGAUAUUGAGGUUACUGAUCAUGACGUCAACCAUGAAUCUAAAUUGGAAGAAACCUUAACUACUAAACAGCUUUGGUUUAAGUUAUUAAAGAACCCAUUAAAAUGGCCCAAGUUGAUUUGGUUAGUUUUCAUUCAUGGUAUCACUCAGGAUAUUAUCUCUAAUCAAGUUCAUGAUAAAGGUGUAUUAGCUGGUAAUUUGAAAAAUGUUCAUGUUGCCUCUAAGAUUUAUGAUAAUAAAGUCGAAUAUCUUUUUUCAAUUUUACAAGCUGUCACUGCUACUGCAAUGUCCUUUGCUCAUGGUUCAAAUGAUAUCUCUAAUGCUGCUGGUCCAUUGUCAACUGUUUAUUUAGUCUGGAAAUCCAAUGCUGUUGCAUCCAAAUCCGAUGUUCCAAUUUGGGUUUUAUGUUUUACUGCUUCAGCAUUAGUUAUUGGUUUAUGGAUUUACGGUUAUCAUAUUAUGGGUAAUUUAGGUAAUAAAUUAAUCUUACAAUCACCAUCCAGGGGUUUUUCGCUAGAAUUGGGCACUGCUAUUACAGUUGUCUUAGCUUCUCAAUUAGCCAUUCCAGUCUCUACAACUCAGUCAGCAGUAGGUGCCACAGUAAGUGUUGGGUUGUGUAACAAAAGUUUGAAAUCUGUUAAUUGGAGAAUGGUCUUGUGGAUUUAUUUGGGAUGGAUUAUUACAUUACCUUCUGCUGGAUUAGUCGCUGGUAUCAUUAUGGGUAUCAUUAUCAAUGCUCCAAGAUGGAGUGGUGUCUACGGUCUCUCCAAUUAG